UCCUAAUUUCUUCCCUCUCUUCUCCAGAAUCUUCUUCUACUACUACUACUACUACUACUACGGCUAGGGUUUUCAUUUCUUCGUUGUAGCUCGCCGGUAGCGAUUUGUCGGAGUACGGUGGUUGUUGGAUCUGCCGAUGGCGGAAGAGGAGGAGAGGAACGGCGGUGAUCGGAGUGAGACAAGUGACUACACAUCGGAGGAUGAAGGUACUGAAGAUUACAGGCGUGGAGGUUAUCACGCUGUUCGAAUGGGAGAUACAUUCAAACAAGGACGAUAUGUAGUGCAGAGUAAGCUUGGUUGGGGACAUUUCUCCACUGUUUGGCUCGCUUGGGAUACGCAAAAAUCUAGGUAUGUUGCUCUAAAAGUUCAAAAGAGUGCUCAGCAUUAUACAGAAGCGGCUAUGGAUGAGAUUACCAUAUUAAAGCAGAUUGCAGAGGGAGAUCCAGAUGAUGAGAAGUGUGUGGUGAAGCUAUUGGAUCACUUUAAGCAUUCCGGGCCCAAUGGCCAGCAUGUUUGUAUGGUAUUCGAGUACUUGGGAGAUAAUCUUUUGACUCUAAUUAAGUACUCAGACUAUCGAGGGCUAUCAAUUCACAAGGUUAAAGAAAUUUGCUUCCAUAUCUUAGUGGGUUUGGAUUAUUUACAUCGUCAGCUUUCUAUUAUUCACACAGACUUGAAGCCAGAAAAUAUUUUGCUUUUAUCAAUGAUUGAUCAAAGUAAAGAUCCAACAAAGUCAGACGCUCCCCUUAUUCUUCCUACGAGUAAAAGUAAAAUUCUCUCUGAAUCUGGGGCUUCCAAGGAAGUAAAGGUUUAUAAUGGUGACCUGACUAAGAACCAGAAAAAGAAAAUUCGGAAAAAGGCUAAGCGAGCAGCUCAAAGAUAUACAGACAAGGAAGCUUCUGAGGAAACUGAACAAGAUAAUGAAGCCAGUAGUCCUGAAAGGUCUAAUUCUGAUGAGAAACCUAAUAAAGACUCAGUUGAAGGAAAGACUAAUACUAAAGCAAGUGAAAAUGGCUCAACAACAGACGGAGCAAGGGAUGGACAGCAGAGAACUCAAAGACCUAAAAGAGGCAGUCGAUCCAUGAGGCAGAAACUAUUGACUGAUGUGGACCUUACGUGCAAAUUAGUUGACUUCGGCAAUGCAUGCUGGACGUAUAAACAGUUCACAAGUGAUAUCCAGACAAGACAGUAUAGAUGUCCUGAGGUUAUCCUAGGAUCUAAAUAUUCUACUUCAGCUGAUCUUUGGUCCUUUGCUUGCAUUUGCUUUGAGCUUGCCACUGGUGAUGUUCUUUUUGAUCCACACAGUGGUGACAACUAUGACAGGGACGAGGAUCACUUGGCCCUUAUGAUGGAGCUUCUUGGAAUGAUGCCACGCAAGAUUGCCUUAGGUGGGCGUUAUUCGCGAGAGCUCUUCAACCGAAGUGGAGACUUGAGACAUAUCAGACGAUUGCGGUUCUGGCCUAUGAAUAAAGUGCUUAGGGAAAAGUAUGAGUUCAGUGAACAAGAUGCUCAUGACCUGGCUGACUUCCUUGUUCCAAUACUUGAUUUUGUGCCUGAGAAAAGACCUACUGCAGCUCAAUGUCUCAGUCAUCCGUGGAUCACUGGACGCCCUCGGGAUCUUUCUCCUUCUAAAACUAAUUCUACAUUCCAAGCAACGGAAAAAGGUGGCUCAGAGGAGAAGAGGGAGAAAGAUGAGAGGGAGGCAAUGGAAGCUGGAGUAGGCAACAUUGUGAUUGAUGGAACCGCAAAGCCAGUCAAAGUUUCUCAAUCCGUAAACCUAGCAAAACAGAGUUGAUUGAUUCAGGUUGUGGUCUUUUUUCCCCAUCUUGAUCUAACCAUUAUUUGACGCUUAUGACAAGUUAGACCAUGGGGUACUUCUGGUUCCCUGUAUACCUUUUUCGUUUGCCUCUUCAUUCUUUCGAGAUAAUCACUGUUGUAUCGUUGUUGAAGCAUUAUAAGAUUUUGAGUACAACCUGUAUCAGUGAGUAUCACAGUAUUCUUUGCGGAAGUUGGAUAUCCUGUCCUUUCUUUUUGCCUUA